UGCCCGAGAUGGCACAGAUCGUCCUGAGGAGGUGGAAGGCCAUUUUUCGGUCUUUCCCUCCGAAGGACGUGUUGGCCAUUUGUAUGGACUCUGCGUCGAACUACACGUCGGCCGCAAAGCUCCUUGCAAAGGACUCUGAUCCGGAGAUUCGUCAUAUCACUUGGCUCCCGUGUGCCACCUACAUCGCCAAAUUGAUGUUGUCUGACAUCGGGACACGGGUUCCUUGGGUUACGGACACCAUUUUCAGGGCUCAGGCGUUGGUGCGAUUCAUUAAGUCGCACGGUGCGGCUUAUCACCUUUUUAGGGUGAAGAGCCGUCGCCGCACACUUGUGCACCCGGUGGAGACGCGAUUCUCGUUUGUUUUUUUUAUGUUUGUGUAUUUGCUCGCCAGGCGUAAUGCCUUGGAGAGCAUGCUUCAUGACGAUGAGUGGGACAAGAUCCCAUGGGAGUCGUCGAAGCGUAGACAGGCUCUGUGGGUUCGACCAGUCAUCCGCUACGCCGAAUUCUGGCUCAACAUUCAGCACGCAAUCGCUGUCAUGACCCCUGUCCACCAGCUAUUGAGGAGAUUGGACAGGGGCGGCAUGUCCACGAUUUACUCAUGGUCGCAGAAGUUGGUACAGCAGGUGGCUGUUGCUGACGUCCCUGAUGACAUGCAGGGGCUGACAACUGCGAACCUCGAGGUGGUUACCAAGUGCGACUCGGUUUUGUUGGCACAGACAGGCGGUGAUCCGGCGGGGGAUGCAUACUUGCAGGUGCGGGAGGAGAUGCGGUCCUUCCAUGCCAGGAUCGCGCACACGACGGACGGGGUGACGAGGGACACCGAGGCGGAGGCCUGUAUCGGGGAUGAGGAGACGAGCAGCGAGCGGAGUGGGGGGUACGUUCUUCCGUGGGGUCACAUGGCGACCCUGGCUGAGGCGCGACCAGAGGAGUGCACACACCCGGUGGUCGCAGACGAGGAUGAGGAGGAGGAGCCUGUGCCAGAGGAGUGGGGAGCUAGACCUCAAGCAGCAGUGUCGACACAAGAGAUCGGUGCACAGGUUCGUCGCUUCCAGCAGCAAGGUGCCCGUCGCCCAGCAAGAGUUGUCGAGGUUUUCGGUGCCACAGCUGAGAUACUCCAUCCUUACGACUAUGUGCCUCCACCGCCAGCAGAGCCGGUGCAGGCGUCGGAGGACCAGACGGACACGGAGGGCGGAGAGGAUUUGCCACCUGGUGUAGAUAAGAGUGCGGAGAGACUCUACUACACAUACGGAGGAGGAGCCGAUGGAUUCCAGCUACGCUGCACAUUCAUUCGAGAGAGAAACGAUGAUCCCAUCCCCUCCACCGAUAUAGGGUUGGAGUGUGGACAGCGAGACGCUUCAGGCAGCACGAGCGAAGUUGCCAGACGUGGCGCUAGUGGAGAUGUUUUAGGCGGGUCUAGUGGUGCACCCCGUGCCGGGUGUCGAGAGAGGGAGGUGACUGGGCUGGACAGCGUGGACGACGACGACGAGCCGUUACUGCUUCGCAGAGCACGGUUGGCGCAGCAGGGAGCCGCGCGGCCCGAGCCUGCCGCCGAGGGUCUCAAGAGAUCGGCGAGGCUGCAGCAGACGCUGGCGGUAUCGACUUCAGGUGGUGGACGCGAGGCGUCGGACCACGAAGACGACAUCAGAGAUGAGGAGCAUUUGACGAGCCAGCAUACACCCACCUCAACACCUCGAGGCAACAGGCAGCAGAGGGAGCUGCGCACGAGUGACUUUCAGGGCCUUGGACCAGGAUUUGCGGGCAGCGGUGUUCGAGGGCGGACAGACGGGCAAGAGAGAGUGGGGGAUGAGGCCGAGUAUCAUCCUGUGCCGGGUGGUGAAGUAGAGUCCAUGGAGGAGCUUCAUGCCCGGAUGGAUCGAGAGGAGGAGCAGCGGCUGGAGCGGUUGCAGAGAGAGUGGGCGGGUAGAGAUGAGUACAUGGCGGAGCAGCAACGUGUUAGGGACUUGGAGAUGGGUACUGCAGUCCCUGAUGUGGGUGGGGUAGAGCAUAGCGUUCCCACAGUCCCGCACGCAUUUCCAGUUGACGCAGCGACACCCGAUACCCCAGUGCCCGAGACGUCGCCCCAGGGAGAGGUGGACACCGGCUCUGCGAUGGGAGGAGAGUUAGGUGCAUCUGAGUAUGGCGAUCCGACCGUGUCCGACGUCAUACUUGGACUGUGUGUGGCGGGCACGUUACAGCUAGAUAAUCCAACCACUCAGGAGGCAGUUCCUAUGGAUGGCAACUCCGGCGAGUUGGAUGGAGGCAGCUGACCCGAUGCGGAGGGCAAUGAUGAGGCGGGUGAUCCCGACCGUCUUGCACCUGCGC